AGACAGAAUGUAAGCCCUUGCAACCAUCCAUCUUCCUCACCGAGCACUGCAACUUUAUGCCUAUGCAUAAAACUGGAGGGACGAGUCCCAGAGUUUGCAGCCGCUGCUGCCGCUGCUGUUAGAGCGGGUUUUAAUUAGCUGCAGGAUUUUAAUGAGCUGAAAUCAAGGAAGAUCCCCAUCUCAGAAGUAAGCUGGAACCACGCACACAAGGAAGAGCCAGUCUGACAAAAACAGAUGGAGGUGGUGCUCUCAAGGGACUGGGCCGAGUGCUCCCUCCGAACGAGGAGCAGAUAAGUACCCAAGGCCAGGAGGCCAAGGAGGAAAGCCGAGGGUCAGCUACCAGUGCCCAGCUGCCAUAGUGGGACGAGCAGGGUGGCAGGUCCCCUCUGUCACCGCAGCAGAAGGCACGGUGCCGGAUUCAAGGUGACGGCAGUGCCUGGCUCCAUUCUCCUCAAGUUGCCAUAGCAGCCUGUCUCCCGACGAGCAGCAUCUCCCGUAGCCCUCAGCCGGGAGGGACGGCAUUGUUCGCUCCUGCCUGUGUGAAGAAGACACACAGGCACAGAACUUUCCUGGGCCUGGGGCCCACUGACCACGUGGGUGCUCCCAAGCUGUCUGGCGUGAGGUGCGGGGGUGGGUCCCCACAGCCAGAGGGGUCCUCUGAGUGACCGGGAGGAACAUCCUGGAGCAGCCGCAGCUAGGCGUGUGUCCUUGGAGUCGUCCGUGUGUCCGGCUGCCGCCACUGGAGACCCCAGCCUGAUGGAUGUCUGGUGUGGAUAAUGAGGGAAGAACGUGCCUUUUACACCCAAGAGGUGACCCCGGAGCGUGCCCCGGAUGACCCCACGACUCGGAACGAUGCGGCUAGCCUGCAUGUUCUCGUCCAUCCUGCUGUUUGGAGCUGCGGGCCUGCUCCUCUUCAUCAGCCUCCAGGACCCUAUAGAGCUCAGCCCCCAGCAAGUUCCAGGUAUAAAGUUCAGCAUCAGGCCCCAGCAACCCCAGCAUGAUAGCCACUUGAGGAUAUCCACAGAAAAGGGCACACGAGAUUCACCCAGCGGGUCGCCAAGAGGCCUCCAGCUGCAAGCGCCUGACCAACCUCGACCUCACCCGAAGGCAGCGGGAUCUCCUUUGCGCCUCCGGCAGCGCAGGCGGAGACUGCUCAUCAAAAAGAUGCCAGCCGCAGGGACUAACCAAGGCAACAACUCGUCCGAAACCUUUAUCCAGCCGAGACCCCGCACCAUGGACAGUCGUUGGGUCAGCCUGCACCAGACCCAACAGGAGCGCAAGCGUGUGAUGCGAGAAGCCUGCGCUAAAUACAGGGCCAGCAGCAGCCGCAGAGCUGUCACUCCCCGCCACGUCUCCCGCAUCUUCGUGGAGGACCGCCACCGUGUACUGUACUGUGAAGUACCCAAGGCAGGCUGCUCCAACUGGAAGAGGGUGCUCAUGGUGCUGGCAGGGUUAGCCUCAUCCACGGCAGAUAUCCAACACAACACCGUCCACUAUGGCAGCGCCCUUAAGCGCCUGGAUACUUUUGACCGGCAGGGCAUAGUGCACCGCCUCAGUACCUACACCAAGAUGCUCUUUGUCCGGGAACCCUUUGAGCGGCUGGUCUCUGCUUUCCGAGACAAGUUUGAGCAUCCUAACAGCUACUAUCAUCCUGUCUUUGGCAAGGCUAUCCUGGCCCGGUACCGCGCCAACGCCUCGCGGGAGGCACUGCGGACUGGCUCCGGUGUGCAGUUCCCCGAGUUCGUCCAGUACCUGUUGGAUGUCCACCGGCCCGUGGGCAUGGACAUCCACUGGGACCAUGUUAGCCGGCUGUGCAGCCCCUGCCUCAUCGACUAUGACUUUGUGGGCAAGUUCGAGAGCAUGGAAGACGAUGCCAACUUCUUCCUGCGUCUCAUCCAUGCGCCCGGGAACCUGACUUUCCCGAGGUUCAAGGACAGGCACUCCGAGGAGGCGCGGACCACAUCGAGAAUCACCCAUCAGUACUUCGCUCAGCUCUCCUCGCUGCAGCGACAGCGAACCUACGACUUCUACUACAUGGAUUACCUGAUGUUCAACUACUCCAAACCUUUCUCGGACCUGUACUGAGGGCGGGGCCUGCUGGUCAGGGGCGGGGUCUGCCGGUCAUGCCCACUCACCUGCGCAUAGGCGGCCUCCGGGGACUGAGCUCUGAGGAUGUGAGGCCUUGUGGCUGUGGCCCUAGGGUGGGCCACAGAGGCCCAGACAAUGGACCUUGACCCUUGUCCCACACCCAUUUCCUCAUUGGGUUGGCUGAGUUUGAGACGGAGCACGACUCGGAUGGAUGCUUUAAGAACUCAGCUGAGCUAUGCUGAGCUAUGCUGUCCAGGGAAGCCUGAGACCCAGAAGAGGGCCCCAGCGUCGAGGGAUGUCCUACAUCCCCUUAUCCUUUGCCUUGUACCAAACCACGUGGUUUGCUGCUUUUCUAUGACCCAGGGUCAUCUGAAUAAAGCACAUGGUUUUCAGAGCA